CAAGGCUUCCUGCAGGACUCAUUCUGAACAAGGAGCCAACAAAGGUUUCCAGGAGGGAGGCGUUCAACCAGUUUUCCGAUUCUCCUGCAACCCCGACAACCAUACGGUGCAACAGGUUGGGGUGAAGGAAAAAGGACAUAUAGUGGUUGAAAGCUUCUUGUACACAUAAAAUGGCCGUUACUCCUAUGCAGUUUGCGAUGGUUGUGACCGUCCUCGGCCUAACAUCCUUCUUUUUUGGGAUCUUUGCAGAACUGAAAAAGCCAGCAUCAGGGCAUGCGAUUUCAGGGAAAGGAGUAGUCAUCUGUAAAUAUCCAUCCAACCUGUCGGUGGUCUACGGUUAUAUCUCCACUGCAUUCCUUGCAGCAGCCUGUGUUGCUGGAUAUCACUCCCUCCUUUAUCCAUACAAAGGCAGAGCAGUUCCACGGACUGCGAUUUUCUGCUCCCGUUGGUGCAACUCUUACUUCUCUGUUGCUUUGGCUACAACAGCGGUUGCUGCAGCAUUUCUGUUGUGGCCUACUGUCCAAGAACAUAUUCACCAUAUUCACAACGUUCACACGGACCUCGAAUCUACAUGCCCAACUGCCAAAACUGGCAUACUUGGUGGUGGUGCAUUUAUGUCCCUUAACUCAGUUCUCUUCUGGUUAGUGUCUCUAAUGCUCGUCAUGAAUGCACGAGAGGACUACUUUGAGCUCGAGGAAAAUGAAAAGAAAGAGUAUAUAUGACAUCUCAUCCUGACAAGAAUCACGACAGACACAUAUAUGUCGUGUUACGUUUAUUUCUUUCACAUAGUUUAAGGUCUACUAUGUGGAAAACUAUGUGAAAAUUUUAGCUAUGUGCGGGUUCGUUCUUCUGUAUAUAAUUAGCGCGACAGCGCUGUUAUAGGAUUAGUUUUUCGAUUUUUCGUUCUUUCAUGAAGGAUUUCUAUGUCAAGACUGUUUGGACUGGUAAUUUGGAUCAGGAUCAUUCAGCAGCAGCCUUGGAAGAGAAAUCUUUGUUCAUAGGAUUGAUUAAGUUAAGGACUUUGUUACUUAGUUUAUUUUGAGUUACUAGAAUUACUAUUUUCUUCUAAGUUGUGAUAGUUUUCUAGUAACAAUGAUCACUUGCUAGCUUUAAUGAUUUAAGUUGUAAUGUUAGAGGAAUUGCUAUGUUAGUUCUUUUUUUUU